UUUAUCUACGGAAGGCAACCAACGAAUUCAGUUUAUUAUCGAGUUGCGCUGUUGAGGGGUUCACUAUUUCAUUGUAUGUCAAUUGUUUUUUUGUUGCUAAUUUAAACGGACUGUAGAAAGUAAAAGCAAACUAAGUCAUCAUGGGGGGCUGCGGAGAAUGGUUCGAGAUGACGCAAAAGAAUAAGCCGCAGUCGAAUACCCUUUCGGCAGGCAUCAUGACGCUGAUGACCACCGGCAUGAUCGUCGGUUCCAUCAUCUUCAACAUGGACCUGCCGUUCCAAGCGUGGACGUUUGAUCAUUCACGGCGCGCCGUUCUUCUGGUAUCGAUCAUCUUCUACGUGGCGGCUGUGGUCGGUACCAUAGCCGCCUAUUUCUUGGUCAAUCGGUUUGAGAAGAAACCAAUCUCGCAUGUUUAUCUUGUGUUGACGGUAGUGGCAUGCAUCCUCCUCAUAGCCAAGCCAGAUCAUAUAGUGGUGGUCGCAUUCGCACGCGCACUUUUAGGAUUGGCUCACGGUAUGGCCUACAUAUUGAUUUUCGGUACCAUCAGUCCUGGAGCAACCUACGGUUGGAUGGACCCGAACAGAUUCGUCGGCAUACUGGGUCUUAUAUACGGUUUGAUGGGUGGGUUUUUGGGUCAGUUUCUGAUGUACGAGUCACCCGUGUUUCUCCUGCAGCGAGGACGCGAUGCUGAUGCAGUGAAAAGCAUGAUGAAGCUACGCAACGAGUCCACGGAAACAUGGGAGAUUCGGAACGAUCUAACCGAGUUCAAGACCAUGCUGGAAGAAGACGAGCAAGGGUCCCAAUCCAUAUUCAAGGAUGGAAAUAUACGACCUUUAGUUUUGGUGUCGCUGUGCAAGGUAGCAUCCGUGCUGUCGUUCAACAUAGCGGUGAAUUUGGUUCGGUUGCAGUUGCUGCAUCUGCUUUUUGGAUUGACAGACUACAGUUUGGCACCGGUGUUAAUUCUCGGGAUACGCAUCAUCAUGGGAUCAGCCAUUCUGUUUGUGAUCGACAGAUUCGGAAGGAAAGCGACGAUGGUUGCGUCAACUGUUGCCAGCGGCGCUAUUCUAUCAAUUCUGGGAAUCAUUUACCUGGCGAAUGAUUCUUUCAGCCGUGAUGCAGGAAUAGCGAUCAUGCUGGCCUAUGAAGUAGUCGCUUCAGCAGGAAUGACCUACGUCCCGGACGUGUACUCUUCGGAAGCUUUCGGCACGAAAAAGAAAGCGGCUUCCAUCGGGGUUGUGAAUACUGUGGAAAAUGCGUUGCAGAUAUUGAUUACUUGCAUUACUUUUUCAUGGGAUUUUGUGAGCACGAAACUUUAUGGAGGAGUGAUGCUGACGUGUGGAUUACCAAUGGUGGUGCUGGCAGGGGUUUUAUUCUGGUUCCUACCGGAGACUGCCAAAAUGACAAUUCGACAGUCUCGAAACGAGUUUUCCAAACGGGGGGAAAUUGUGUUCGGAGGUACUAAGCGGCCAAUGAACUAUUUGAAUGAAUAA